GUUUGUUCCGCCAUGCUGAUUAUCGGCGGAAUCGUUAUCACUCAGAGCAGAUUCGUAACCGAUUCCCGGUUGCUGCCAAUUUUUGAGAAUAUGCGUUUUAACAACUACUACCUUCCGGGUAUCGUACUUGGUCUCGGUAUAACAAUGAUUGUGAUUGGCUGUUUAAAUGGUAUACCGUGUGGACUCGGGUGCAACAUGCUGUGUUUCAAAUCGGCCACACAAUCGACAUUGAGUCUAACCUGGCAGGUUGUUAUGGUUAUAUUGCUUACUAUUGGACUUACCUUCUGGAUUUACCUGCUGCGAGUGGUUUACGAAGGCAUGUAUUUACAACUGUACUGGGAGUUUUUUGCUUACGGUGGGACUUCAUACGAUCAGAUGUAUUAUACCAGAGCCUGGAAUUCCCUGUUCGUCACG